AUGGCGACUUCAGGCAUUCACCCGCCUCCUCCUUUCCUUCCACACCCGGGGGAACCGGCGGUGCCAUGGAAGCAUUGGUUGUCCGCUUUUGACACCUACGUGGCAGCCGCGGCAAUCAAAGACGAAGCAGACAACAAGCCUCGACUACGCGCCCUUUUGACUCAUUGCUUAGGACUGGAAGGGCAGCGGAUACUUUCGACGGAGACAGAGACGGAAUCAUACGUUCAGUUACGUGAUGUGUGUGCGACGUUGUUCGGACCGAGACUCAAUUCUAUGGUCGAGAGAUUCAAAUUCCGACAAAGAAAGCAACAUCAAGGAGAGUCCGUGAAGCAAUAUGUGUUUGCUCUGAGACAGCUAGCAGCCACUUGCAAGUUUGGACCGUUGCAUGACGAAAUGAUUAGGGAUCAACUUAUAGAAAAGACGGUUUGUGGUAAAGUGAGAGACCGCUUGUUGGAAGAAGAUGAAGAUCUUACUCUAGACAAAGCAAUUGUACUGGCAUCACGGAUGGAAGAGGCGGCUAGGGAUUCAGCAGCUAUUGCGACAGUGUCAGGUAGCGUAAUGGAUGCAGUGCCAGGAGGUUUAACUAAUACAGCUUUGGGUCAAUUGGCACAGGAGUCACGUGGGAUUCGUCAAGUACAGACACGGCCAGGUAAAAGCGGCUGGAGUAGCAGAGGAGACGGCAAAUGUGGUAACUGUGGGUUCUCGGUUCACAAGGGUUCAACAUGCCCAGCAUCAACACAGACCUGUAGAAAAUGUGGGAGAAUAGGACACUACGCACGUUGCUGUAGGUCAAAGAAACAGUCACAGAUCCAGGAAGUUGAUUGUGGCAAUGAGCAAGGGGUAGAGUUGGAGACCGUUCGAAUCAAUGUUGUUGGUGGUCAGUCCAGUACACUCGAGUAUCGCCAAUGCGUUUGCGAGUUAGCUGGUGUCAGUCUGUCACUUGUUAUUGACUUGGGGCGAAGUAAGCUGGAACCAGCAAAUCGAAAGCUAGUUGGUUAUGCAGGAUCGCCAAUAAAGGUGUUGGGAAAGGCAAAGCUACCAGUCCGAUACCGGAGAUGUCAAUUAGCAGAGUUUCCAUUCUAUAUUACAGACAAGGGGACAGACAUACUAGGUCUCGACUUGUUUGAUGCCCUGGGAUUUCAAGUUUGUUGGGAUCCAGAAGAACUAGGCAGUCAUAGUGUACAAGCGGUUGACUUGCUCAACGAUGGAGUUACUAAGGGAGGUUGGAGUCGGAGAUGGCCUAGGGUGUUCAGUGGAUUGGGGAAAGCCAAUCACUUUGUUCAUUGCCCGUUAGUGAUCACCACCGUACCACCGAUUAUGCAGCCACUUAGGAGAUUGCCACUGGCUCUACGAGAGAGGGUGGCAGAGGAGUUGGAUCGUUGGGAGAGUUUGGAUAUCAUUGAAAAAGUGGAUUCAUCCCCAUGGAUCUCAAAUUUAGUAGUUGUAUGGAAGAAAUCAGGGGCAAUUAGACUCUGCGUAGACCUUCGAAGAGCCAAUCAGGCAAUCAUACCUGGCAAGCAUCCACUUCCAACAAUGGAAGACAUAGCGGCAGAGUUUUAUGGAUCUACAGUAUUUUCGAAGCUGGACUUAAACCAGGGGUACUUGCAAAUACCUUUGGCAGAGGAAAGUCGCUUUAUUACAGCAUUUGUAACACAUAAGGGGACUUACCAGUUCAAGAGAAUGCCAUUCGGUUUGGCAUCGGCCCCAAGUGCCUUCCAGAAAGUCAUGGUUACGGUCGUAGCCGGAAUACCAGGAGUUGCUGUCUACAUGGACGAUAUUGUCGUUCAUGGGCCAGAUCGACCAAGUCACAAUAAGAGACUGAAUGAUGUGUUUCAACGACUACAACAUCACAAUUUGACACUAAAUGUGGACAAGUGCACUUUUGCAGUUAAGGAAAUAUCAUUUGUGGGACACAGUAUUUCGGCGAGUGGUAUUCGUCCUCUAACAUCUAACAUAGAAGCAGUUGAAAGACUGAAAGAACCGACAUCAGUGACAGAACUAAAUUCAUUCCUCGGUAUGACAAAUUACUACCUCCGGUUCGUGCAGGGCUAUGCUGAUAUCUCUUCUCCUUUGCGGUGCUUAUUACGGAAGGAUGCCCAUUGGGAAUGGUCCACUGAAUGUCAAACGGCAUUUGACAAAUUGAAACAGCUUGUCACAUCAGCACCAGUUCUUGCCCACUUUUCAUCCACAGCGGACACCUUUGUGUCGUGUGACGCUUCUGGAGUAGCUAUUGGGGCAGUAUUGUCUCAAAUACAAGAUGGACAGGAACGUCCUGUGGCAUAUGCGUCCCGUGCGUUGUCACCAGCAGAGCAGAAAUAUGCUGUGGGAGAACGGGAGGCAUUGGCCUGUGUGUGGGCGUGUGAGAAGUGGCAUGUAUUUUUGUUUGGACGACCGUUUGUACUUCGUACCGAUCACCAAGCCUUGGUAUCACUGCUAUCUGCGUCAGGAACAGGUCAAAGGCCAUUGCGAUUACACCGGUGGACAGAACGGCUGUACAAGUAUACAUUCCGCGUGGAAUAUCGACCUGGUCAUUCCAAUCAAGUUGCUGAUCUACUGUCGAGGUCACCAGCUCCAGCUGAGAAUUCAGCAUGGGACUCUGAUGAUGUGGAAGAAUGUAUAUUAUUGUUGAGCACAUGGAGCCCGGGGGUACCCUUGGAUGAAAUGGAAAGGGAGUCAGGUGCAGAUGCAGAAAUCCAAACGGUUUUAAGGUGCAUCCGGGAAGGAUGGCACGAUGUCAAAGGAGAGUUCCGUCCUUUUUGGAAUGUUCGACACGAGUUGGCACCUGUGGGUGGAAAGUCGAGUUGUCUGAUGAGAGGGAAUCGAAUAGUCGUACCAAGGUUGCUGCAGAAACGGGUGCUACAGCUAGCUCAUGAGGGUCACUUGGGGGUUGUUCGUAUGAAACAGAGAUGCCGAGAGUUCGCCUGGUGGCCUGGGAUUGACCGCCAAAUUGAGCAAAUGGUGAGAGAUUGUGAGCCCUGCCUUGUCAGCGGGAAGUCUCGCCAACCUGUACAUGCUCCAUUACAACCUACUCCUUGGACAGCGGCACCGUGGCAACGACUUCAGGUAGAUAUCUUUGGAGAAAUUGAAAUAGCAAUGGCUCACCAGCGAUACGCUAUUGUAGUUCAUGAUCUGGGAUCAAAGUGGCCAGAAGUAAGACUGUGCUCACAAGUGCGGACGCAAGAGGUUGUGCAGUUUUUGGAAGACCUUAUUGUUAGGUGGGGGUUUCCUGAGUCGAUAACAACGGACAAUGGACCUCAGUUCCGGUCGUAUGAGUUUCAGCAGUGGUUACGAGAACGGGGUAUUCGCCAUAUUCUCACACCACUGUAUCAUCCAAAAGCAAAUGGAGGAGUCGAAAGAUUCAAUCAAGUGCUUAAACAAGGCCUGAAGACAGGGUUGUUGGAAGGACGUUCAGUGGAGAGUUCAGUGCAAAGCACAUUGUUUAAUUACCGGUCUACGGCGCAUUCACUUACGAGGAAAUCACCAGCAGAAGUUAUGUUGGGCCGAAAGCUUCGGCAGCCCUUAUCCCAGAUGAUUCCUAGGCAAGAUAAGAAGGGAUCACUUCAGCUGAAGAAUGCGGACGAGGUCGUGGCAAGGAAACAGGCAGCGAUGAAGGCAUAUGUAGAUCAUAAAAGGAGAGCUAGAGCUUCGUCCUUUUCUCCCGGAAGUUGGGUAAGAGUAAAGCGUCCGCUAAGGGGCCAUAAGUUGAAGUCGCAAUUGUCCGAUCCAGUAGAAGUCUGGUCAAGGGUAGGGAAGGACACUUACCUGCUACAAGAUGGACGUCUGUGGCAUGCUGACCAAUUAAUUGCUGUGGCGAAGCCAGCUGGUGUUGCAAAUACAGCUGCAGUACUCAGCUGGACUGAUGGGGAAGAGGAGAUCUCAGAAGACAUGACACUGUUCUAA